UUUUCCAUCCACUUCUUCACAACGAUGCCCGCUCCAUCGGACGCAACGUCCCUUGCGGACGCACAGAAGCGCGCCACACCUGAGCACAAAGUAGUCAUCGACUUCCUGCGCGGCAAGAAUGGCCCCAAGGUCCGCCGCGGAGUGCUGAACGGCAAACGUGUCGACUUUUUCAAGGGCAAGACUGCUGUGCGCACACUCAUGGGACCCGCGUACCAGAAGCUCGGGAAGAAGGUGCCUCCCGUCCAGACGGAGGAGGAGGCCGCGGCUCUCAUCACCAGUCUGCUCCCAUUUGCCUACUUCCUCCGCGUCGACCGUCUCAACCCCAACCCGCCUAUCCCGAGCGGCAUGCCCAAGCCCCUCGGCCUCAGUCAGCAGCAGCAGUUUGACCCCGCGGGAUACUACAGCUGGUUUUACGACGGCUCGCCGUUCUGGAACAUCGUCGGCGGCAUCGCCAUGGUUGCCGUGAUGCUCGCGGGCGUCAUGUUCCCCCUCUGGCCGGUCAAGCUGCGCAUCGGCGUGUGGUACCUCUCAGUGGGCGCGCUGGGCCUCGUGGGCCUGUUCAUCGUUAUCGCCAUCGUCCGCCUCAUUCUUUGGUGCAUCACCAAGAUUUUUAUGACCAAGGCGAUCUGGAUCUUCCCAAAUCUCUUCGAGGACGUGGGCUUCGUCGACUCGUUCAUCCCCGCGUGGCAGUGGGACGAGCCCAAGAAGAAGCGUCUUCGCAAGGUCGGCGAGAAGCGCAAAAAGGCCGUCUCCGCCAAGGAGAAGGGUCCCGCACUCGCUGCCCGCCCGCCCAACGCCAUCCCCUCGGCCGUCGGCACGGCCGACCCCGCGGCCGCUGCGUCCGAGGCCGCCCGCGCCCCGACGCCCGGCAAUGCUGACACCGAGUCGGGCGUCGCUGGCUCGCCCUCGGUCUCCACGGCUACGACGACAGCCAUCGCGCCGCCCGCGACCAAGCCCACGCCGCGCAGCCGGCAGGCUGCGACCGUUGAGGAGGUUGACGACGAGUAGGGUUGUAUCUACAGACCUCGGCAUUGGUAGCGACAAUGUGCAUAUACAGUUUUCAUACCACCCUCGCUCAUGCACUGCUGCACGCUUUAUGUCU